CCCAAGUGGCCAAGUGAAACAAUGUACGAACCCGAUACCCGUCAGGAUACGGUGGCGAAAGUGGAGCUGCGGUCUGCGCUGAAACUGGGGCCAUUCGAGGGGCCCGGUUUGACGCCACUCACGCCUCACUCGCCGGGCGGUUACAGCGACUACUAUGGCUACUCGUCGCCCGUUACACCCGUCACGCCCAACACGCCGUUGGUGUGCUACCCGAUGAAAAAUCGUACCCUGCGGCCAGGAGUGAAUCGGAAGUACCGGAAGCGGGCCAUCCUGAAGAAUGGCGACUGUAACGUGGUGCUGUCGCGACCCCCGAGGCAACAUUUGCGCUUCCUGCAGGACAUCUUUACGACGCUUGUGGACGCACAGUGGCGCUGGACGUUGCUCGUGUUUGCGUUCAGCUUUAUCGGGUCGUGGCUGUUUUUCGCCGUCAUCUGGUGGCUGAUUGCCUACACACACGGCGACCUUGAGGAGCUCCACUUGCCCGAUAACCAAUCCGAAAUCGGAUGGAUCCCGUGUGUGUACAACAUCUAUUCGUUCACGUCCGCGUUUCUGUUCUCGAUCGAAACGCAGCACACGAUCGGGUACGGUGUGCGGACAACUACCGAGGAGUGUCCGGAGGCCAUCUUCGUAAUGUGCUUCCAGUCAAUCUACGGACUGAUGAUCCAGGCGUUCAUGGUGGGCAUUGUUUUCGCUAAGAUGACCCGGCCAAAGCAACGCAGCCAGACGCUCCUUUUCUCGAAAAACGCCGUUGUGUGCCAGCGGGACGGUGAACUGUGCCUUAUGUUCCGGGUGGGCGAUAUGCGCAAGAGCCACAUUAUCGGUGCAUGCGUCCGGGCGCAGCUGAUACGAACGAAAACGACACGCGAGGGGGAAGCGAUGGCCCAGUACCAGCACGAGCUGGAUGUCGGAUCGGACGGGUGCUCGUCGGAUCUGUUCUUCAUCUGGCCCCAGAUCGUGGUGCACCGGAUAGACAAGAACUCGGCACUGUACAACCUGUCGGCAUCGGACAUGUUGCGCGAACGGUUCGAGAUCGUCGUCAUCCUGGAAGGUACGGUCCAGUCGACCGGCCAAUCGACGCAGGUCCGCUCGAGCUACGUCAACACGGAGAUCCUGUGGGGCCACCGGUUCGAGCCGGUCGUCUGCUACAACAAGGAGCAGCAGGGUUACGAGAUCAACUACAGCAAGUUUGAUACGACGCUCCAGGUCGACACACCGCUCUGUUCGGCGCGCGAACUGGCCGAGUUCUAUCAGGCACAGGACGAUCCGUACCACCGGUCGCCGGUCACCGAUCCCGGUGAUACUGAGUCGAUGAAAACGGUGCUCGAACGGCGCUGGAAGCAGCAUUAUAGUACGCUGGUGGAAACGCUGAGUCAGUACAACUUGACGACGAACGACGCCCAUCACGACGGCAUCAACACGGCGCACCUCUAUCCAACGCGUUACCUCACAAUACAGGGCGUCCCGAGGCGCCGCAAGUCAUACGUGGCACUGCAGGCCAAUCUGUGGAAUCUGUUCGAUCGGCCACCGGCCGCGAACCCGAGGCCGGCCGCGGAAGACGAUCCGCUGGUGGCCAGUGUGACCGUAACGAAUAUCAACGAAAAGUGUCCCGGCGAUUCGGACGACACGACUCGACUGGCGGGCAAAGAUCUGGUGGUGAUCGUUUGAUCGCUCAAGUUAUCUGUUAAGUUUUGAGCUGCUGACCGUGUGGCGGCCAGUUUUGUGCGAACUAGCAAGUGUUUGUUGUUGUCUUCUAGCAGUGAAGUGAAUAAAGCUAAGGAUACUUUGA